AGUGCUGUUUUUGUUGUUUUUUUUGUGUGUCAGAGCAGUUUUUUGUUUUUGUUUUAAUGUCUUUUAGUUUUGGGGCAGGUGAGAACACUGGCAUCCAAACACAAGCGUGUGCCAAAUAAGUGGUUGGAGAUGCCAGAAAAUGUGAGUCAGAGUCGCUUCCAGGAGAACCGCAGCUUUCUGCUACAAGGAAUGACCCCAAAAUGCACGGGUUUAUGGUAUAAGGAGACCAGUGUCGGCAUGUGAUAUCCUGCUGUUUUUCAUGCUUGGAAGGCCUAGCAUAACAACAUUAAACCAGAACAAACCACAGUCUGGACUCGCAUUCAGCUGUUUUUCAUUUGUUGUUGUUUUUUUAACUGGUUUCGAGCAGCGGAGAGGGUGAAUCACAGAACACAGACAAGUCAGACAUGUUAAAUUACAGUUAAAAGCAUCUGAAUCAACUCUGUCACCUCACAGGAUGAUGGAUUACUAGAAACGUUGAGUCAAGGAACAGUGAGUCCGUGUUAUUUGGCGAGCUCAGGUUUGCUUGUAAUAGGACACAAUGACCUGAACUCAAAAUACGAGCGUGGUCUGCGGUUAAAAACCGAAGAAUCUCCAUCCUGGGCUCGGCACAAAAGCUUUUCGACCGAUGCCGACUCUCGCACCUGUGCGGCGUGUUGACUUAAGCGCAGGUGCAGGCAGCGAGAAUAAUCUACAGUUCCAAAGAAAAGCAUGUUCAGCACUCCGUAUGCAAAGUGGAGAGCACUGCUACUGCUUAUGUGAGAGACAGGUUGUUGUAAAGCCUCCUUGUGGAGUCUGAGGAGUUUCUAUUGUAGAGAAUAGAAAUAUAUUUAAAACAAAACUUCGCCAUUAUAAAAUAAAUCCUACAAAGGAUGUGUCUCAAUGUGGAAAGGUGGUUGAUGGUUUAAAUCUGGGGUGUCAAACUCAAGUUUCAGAGGAGCCACUGACCAUUUAGUUCUCUCCUAGAGGGCUGUUUGAGUACUCGGUAGUUAAACAAUCAUGUAUAUAACUAUAUAUUUUCACUCUGCUGCUUGAGAUCGUAUUCCCGGAGAACGUUGGCUUUUUCCUUUACAGAUGAAACGUGAUGCAGUCCCAUCAAACUCCAUUUAAAUAAUAAUUAAAUGUCCACCUUUCCUCUAUCUGUCCUCCGGGUCAAUGUUUCCUGUCUGCAGUGAAUCACAUUGCUGUUGGCUGAUAACUAAAAUGUUUACGCUCAAGUUUGUUUAAAUGUGAAACAAACAUUUUCCCUCUGGAAUUGUAUGUGGUGAGAGUUUGAGCAGAUUGGACAUUGCAUAGUAACUUAAAUGCUGCUCCUUACAGCUCCAACUCGUAAACACAUUUCUCUCCAGAGCCGAGCUGGAAGUGUCGGUGGUGCACACGUCCCCCAAAGAGCUCUCUACUGGAAAGAAGAGACGUUUUACCGGCAUGCAAACAGGCACUCUGGAGCGACGUGUAAGGAAUGCGUUUGGGCACCAGAUGCACAAUUAAGCUGAAGUAAAGAACAACAAGACUCUGCUCGCUACCAGUGGUGCCCUCUGAAGAGCAGCCGUUUUCUCUUCGUGCACAGAGGAGUUAGUCAUGCUUUUCCCACGCUCGGUUAACAGAUAACACGCUGCCGGUGUUUGAUAAAUGCUGUGUGCUGCCAAUUUGCAAUAUUUAAUAAUGCGCUCCUGUGUCCUUCAGCUUUCUCUUCGAUUCACAAGUAAACGUGCAGGAGGACAAAGUGUGAACGACAGAGGGACGCUGAGGACAGAGUGGUUUACAGACUGAAGCCAGCUCUUAUAUCAGUCCAGUGCAUCUUAUCUUAAGUUAAAAAAACACCCAACUCCAAGACUGUCAAAGCACAGGAGUAACUACAAAUGGCACCUGCUGACAACAGAAAGGAUACAAACCUCAGUUUGUGAUUUGCAGAACAAUGACUUGGAUUGAGAAGUGAAAACCUGACUAUAUGAAAACAGGAAACAGUGUUUGUUACUGUGUUACAAGUAAAAUGUCCUUGAGAGAAGUUUUCUGCUGCAGUGAAACGAGCUGAGCAGCUUGACGCUGAAGCCCAAUUCCCCAAAUUCAGAGGAAAUGAAACAGGUGGACUGCAUGGAAGAAGCUCUACGACGCUCGCAGGAGAACGGCGACGCUCCCGAUCUGAAAGUCUCCAUACUGCUGGACUACACUCGCGGCUCACGAGGACAGACCAACUCGAGGACCAUGCUGCUGCCGCUGUUGCAGCGUUUCGUCUCUCAGAUGAGGGUGUCUCUGUACCACACUCCGGACCUGAGGGGGCUGCUGCGGCUGCUGGUCCCCCAGCGCUUCAACGAGACCAUCGGAGUCCAGCACAUCAAAGUCUACCUGUUCGACGACAGCUUCAUCAUCAGCGGGGCCAACCUGAGCGACUCGUACUUCACCAACAGACAGGACCGCUACGUGCUGCUGGACAACUGCAGCGAGGUCGCCGACUUCUUCUCCGACCUGGUGGAAGCCAUGGGAGACGUUUCCUUGCAGCUGCAGCCUGACGACUCGGUCACCAUGCUGGAGGGCAUGGUGCACCCGUACAAUGGCAACAGGCAGGACUUCUCGGCGGCGGCGAGGAAACGGAUCAUGGAGGUGGUGAACACGGCCCACGUGAGGCAGCAGCUGCUCAACGGGUCGGAGGGGGAGGAGGGGGACACCUGGGUGUUCCCUCUGGUCCAGAUGAAGCCUCUGGGGAUCCAGGUGGACGAGCAGGUCACACAGCGCCUGCUGACAGACGCCGGUCCGGACUCCACUGUGUUCCUGACGUCGGGUUACUUCAACCUGACGCGGGCGUACAUGCGGCUGGUGCUCGGGGCCGGGGCCCGCUACCGCAUCCUCACCGCCUCCCCCGAGGUCAACGGCUUCUUCGGAGCCAAGGGCAUCGCCGGAGCGAUUCCGGCGGCUUACACCCACAUCGCCAGCCAGUUUUACAGCCAGGUGUGCCGGCUGGGCCAGCAGGAGAGAGUUCAGCUGCACGAGUACCACAGAUCACAGUGGACCUUCCACGCCAAAGGUCUGUGGUAUUACCUCCAGGGGCAGGAUCGGCCUUGCCUCACUCUAAUUGGCUCCCCUAAUUUCGGUUACCGCUCGGUUCACCGUGACCUGGAGGCCCAGAUAGCCAUCGUUACGGAGAACGAGGAGCUGCAGAGCCGGCUGCAGGAGGAACAGGAGAUCCUGUACCAGCGGUCCAGCGAGGUGUCCGGCUCUACGUUUGAGCGGCCGGACCGCCACGUCAAGCUGUGGGUGAAGCUGGUCACUCCCCUCAUCAAGAACUUCUUCUAAGACGCCCACAAGGAGGUCUUUGGUUUUCUUCGGUGUUGGAGGUCGGAGGUCGGUCUGCUUCUGCGGACGGGAUACUUCACCACCGGCAUGCUGGGAGUCUCCAGCCUCUCCUCCGCUUUAACCCUCCGUGUGUCCAGGAAGUGAUUUCCUCUCUCACACACACACACGAUGUUUGUUUAGCUCUGGUUUACCUGUUCAACUGUCCGUUUUAACACCCGAUGUCAUUUCACUUGAGUUAUUUUGUUUUGCUACAUGCAUUUCAAUAACUAUUACUUCUACUUCUACUGCACAGACAUCCAAGUACAUGCUGCCUGUAUUCGAUAGUAAUAGAAGCUGUUGUGAAGAAUCUCAGUCCGUUGAGGAGCCUUAAUACGUUUAUCAGAGUUUACAGCAGCAAUCGGAGCUAACCUGUACAGUCUGUUAUUAUCUUUGUAUAUUAAAGGAUGUGGAGAGUUUUUACGACGACGUCAAAUGUGUGAA